AAACGCUCGUUAAAGCAUGUUCAGAAAAACAGUUUUCACUCUUGCCAUCUUGGAAAUUAGAAGUCUCUGAUUCUACUUAUCGUAAUUCUGGCUACUUUGCCUUGAAGCACCGCACCGCUUUUGUUUUUCAAAGCAUCGUCUCGUAAAGUUGUUUCUGGUAAUGUAAAAUUAAUUCAAAUUCGCUUUUACUGCAAAUUUCUUAAUUUGCUACACAUCUCUUUUUACUAUACAAGUUUUCAAUUAUUACGUCAGCGAUCAUUUCUGAGAUUGUGACGUCAAAUUUAUUGGUAACGCUCUUAGGGUAUAAAAGGCGAAGCGUCGGAUAUUGAAGUAGAUUUUCAGAUCGAUUCAGCAUCUGAGGUAAUACUGGCUGCUGUUAUCUUCGAAAGGAAAGCAAAGUUUUCAUUUUCCAAAUCUUGGGAAAUCAUUUUAACAUUCAUUCUUAGAGACGUCUGCCAUCUUGUGAUCGUCAAUCGAAAUCAAGAUGGGAAUUUGUUUUUCCAAAUGCAGUGUUGAAGAUGGUGAGUUCUUAAAGAUUUUACUUUUUUUUACUUUUAAAUUUGAUGAUCCUAAAAAGUAAGUUAAGUUUGUUUCUAUGUUUGAAAUUGCUUUUUAGAAUACACAGCAAAAUGCACAAAGCGUUCGUUGACAAGAAAUUGGAAGAAUAAGCAAAGACUGAAUUCUUCUACAAGGUCAAAGAGAACCAACACAGUUGCAGAUAUCAAGCCUUGUCUCGAUAUUUCCCAACCAUUUGCAACAUCGACACCAAGAGGAUGCCAGACAAAGAUGGUUAGUGAUUAUUUCAACCUAUUCUUGUCAAAUUUUGUUUUCUGCAAGCUUAUAUUUUCAUUUCUUAUUCUCAAUUUCUUACUUCUGCACUCUGUUAUCAAUUAUUUUAAAAUAAAGUAGAGUUUGUUUUUUAUGUAUGUUGCACAUAUCCUGGUAAUUGAAUCCUUAUACUAAAUGAAGAAGCAGACGCAAACUGAAUUGAUUCUGAUUAUGAUUUUCAUUCUUUUUUUCAGGUGCAGAAAAGCUACAACAUAUUUUCCGCCACCAAUGCUGUAACAUCCGAUUCACUGGUCCACGACGUAACCAUGAUCAACCAAGGACAGAUUGAUAAAGAUUCUUAUGAACUCGAAUCUGCCUCUGAUUUUUUCCCAGAUCCAGAAUCAGAUUUGACAAUCGUCUCUGUACUAUCGGAUUUUGAAUCAGAUUGCUCUUCCAUUGAUUUUUCUGAUGUAGAAUCCGAUUGUGGAUCAGAUUCAUCGUGGGGAUCAAGUUUCGAGUCAAUCGCAAUAUCGGAUUUGGAUUAUAACGACGAAUGCGAAACAAACUCGGAAUUUGAAGAUGAAAAAGAGACUGAUCUCGACUUGACGAUUGUAACACAGAUGGAAUUUGAAGACUCGUUUUCAGUAAUGGGUUCGAGGCUAUCGUCAUUCAGAGAAGAAUUUGAUUAUUUAUCAGAGGUAGAAAUCGAGGACGAGUUGCGAUCAAGAAUUGGGGAUGACCGUAGGAGACAGUACGUCGUUGAUGAAAUGGAUGAAUCGAAGAGGAAAUUUGAACUGAAGCAAAAAUCGGCACAACAAAGGCACAAGAUGGUUGCACAAGCUGUUGUUGGAUUCUUCAGAUCAGCGUGGAUCAAAAGUCGACGAGCCUUCAAGUUGGAGCUUUGAGCGCUUUGAAAUCCAGAAACAAAACGUUACUUAAAAACUGUUAAAACGAAAUACAGGUUUAUGACACCAGAAACAUCAACUUUUAGGUUUCUCUCAUGCAAAGAAAAUGUGUGAUGGAAAUGAGUUUUUAAAAUUUCUGUAUUUGAUUUUAGACGGCUUUAUAAUUGUAAAUUAAAAUAUGUGUGGAUGAGUGCGAGUGAUAUCUGAAAUUUGUUGGUUUUUGUUUGUUUCUUUCUCUUUGACAUACUUUACCAGUUAUGAUUCAUUAUUAUCUUAAUUAAUUACUACUUCUGAUGUUCAAAGAGGAUAAGGAUAUCAUUUUGAUAUUAGUGAUACAAUAUCAGAUAAAGCGAUUUUUCAAGCCAAGUCUUUACAGAUUUAACAUACCCCUGAUCUUCAUGACAUUGCAGCCUUGGAUCUCAGUCAAAACGAAAUAUUAGUGAUAUAUUGUUUGUCUAAGCAAAGCGUUUCGACAAGGAUAAUGGUCAAAGUAUCGGUGUAGCGUAACUGAGAUGCGAAAAUCUUAGGAAAAAGAAGAUGGAAGUUAUGGUUAAGGAGUAGAUAGAAGAGGUCGCAUAUAUUUGAAUUUUACUUUGUGCAAUGAAGAAUAUGGUCUCUUUAUGCAGAAGGACAGAAUGGGCAAUAUGAGAUUGUUUUUGCCGCCAGAAUCCUGAUAUACCCCCUAAGCUCUGCGUUUUCAUGGGGCAAGAGUUUUUAACAUUUUGAACACAAGAUCCACGUCCCAGAACGUUCGAUUCCAAGUCUUUUUCAACUUAGCAGUGAAACCUAUUCCACAUCGCAAACACGAUCGCUAAGCAAAAGAAAAAUAGAAAAUUAAUGGGCGGAUACCAUAGCACAUCAUAGUUUCAUAAUUAUUUUCCUUUCCAAUAAUUUUGGUCGAGUAGCCAGGUGUCAUCGCUCUUUUGGAAGAGGAGAGAGUCCAAUUGCAUCUUAAAGACGGCAAAAAAGAAAACGAAUAUUUUCCUUUCCCUCAAAUAUCUUGUUAAAUGGUCGCUCGUUUUAUGUCUAAACAAGCCUCUAUUCUCUGUAAAAGUCACAAAUUUUCCUUAUAAAUAAAGAACAGGUUUUUCAUGGAAAUAAGUUUUCACAAGGUUGCUUUGGUUUUGAAAUGUGCCCCUAAUCGAAUGUGGAUUGCAAAAAUGUUACUUAAGGCAAAAUUUGCAAAAAGGCAAAAAUAUUUCUAGUCAUGCUUGCUUCUGUUUGAAACUUCUGUUGUUGAUAUAGAUUCGCAGUGCUGCAAAACAUUUACAACAGUGCUGGUAGAAAAUGGCUUUGGAAAAAGCAAACAUUUUCAUCUAAGUAGUAUCAGUGUCCCCAAUUAGCUUGUAAGCUAAAUAUUUUUUGACACAUUAAUAAAG